UUCCGGGUGUAAUCGGACAGUAGUAAAAAAACAGAAAUCCUCUGGUAGCAUGAAUGAUGAAUGUCAGCUAGCUCUCCUCCGACUGCUGUCAGCACACUCCAGUUAAAACCAUCCAUGUCCAGACACAAGGAGGAUCUUCGAAGUCUAGUGCCGCUUCCUCUGUGUUCAUAUCGGAGCGCAGCAGCCCGCCAGCCGCCUGUGACUCGAUCCUGCUGGCGUAGUGACUAGACCAGAAGACCUUGGCACCGUGGUGUGCCAGUGCAUUUCAAGACCCAGGGAUUUCCUGAAUCCAGAAGAUGAACGGUCUGUCCAUACGAGAGCUAUGCUGCCUGUUCUGCUGCCCUCCUUGCCCCAGCCGCAUUGCAGCCAAACUGGCUUUCCUCCCUCCAGAGCCCACCUACGCCCUUAUCCCUGACCCAGAUCCAAGCUCUGGAGCUGGAACCGCUCCUGGGUCCACUUCCGGGGCCGCUCAGCCUUCUCUCGGAGCCCCAGGACUGCGUUCACGGGUGGGCACUGGUAGUGGAGGUGACAGAGCAGGCGGAGGUGCUGCUGCAGGUGUGGCUGGUGGUGGUGUAGCAGGUGGUGGUGGGGGAGGAGGAGGGGGAGGAGGAGCAGGUGGAGGUGGAGCCGGCAGCGGUUGGAGUGAAGGCAAGUGGAAGCUUCAUCUUACAGAGAGAGCGGAGUUCCAGUAUUCACAGAGAGAGCUGGAUGUGACGGAUGUGUUCCUGACCAGAUCUAGCCGAGGGAACAGGGUGGGGUGCAUGUACAUUCGCUGUGCCCCCAACGCCAGGUUUACAGUGUUGUUUUCCCACGGCAAUGCAGUAGACCUGGGCCAGAUGAGCAGCUUCUACAUCGGCUUAGGCACACGCAUCAACUGCAACAUCUUUUCCUAUGAUUACUCAGGCUACGGUGUUAGCACUGGCAAGCCCUCUGAGAAGAACCUAUACGCCGACAUCGAUGCUGCCUGGCACGCCCUGCGCUCCCGGUAUGGCAUCAGCCCUGAGAACAUCAUCCUGUACGGACAGAGCAUCGGCACGGUGCCCACUGUAGACUUAGCGUCGCGGUUCGAGUGUGCUGCUGUGGUCCUCCACUCUCCUCUCACCUCUGGCAUGAGAGUGGCUUUCCCCGACACCAAGAAAACAUACUGCUUUGAUGCCUUCCCUAACAUAGAGAAAGUGUCAAAGAUCCCAUCUCCAGUGCUCAUCAUCCACGGUACAGAGGACGAGGUGAUCGACUUCUCUCACGGCCUCGCCCUGUUCGAGCGCUGCCCCAAGGCCGUGGAGCCCCUCUGGGUGGAGGGAGCCGGUCACAACGACAUUGAGCUUUACAGUCAGUACCUGGAGAGGCUACGGCGCUUCAUCAACCAGGACCUGGCUGCACAGCAUGCCUGAGAACGAAAACACACAGCCUCUCUGCGUUUGUAUGAGUGAGACUGUGCGUAUGCAUGUGUGUGUGUGUGUGUGUGAGACUGAGCGACAACGUCAGCAUGUUUGCAAAGUGUGUGUGAGAAAUUGACCCAAAACUAUGUGUAAUUUUUUGUUGUUGUUGUCACAUCUGUGUGUCUUUGAAGCAGCACACCUUUACGUUACUUUUCAACACAUGUUCAAAUAAUUUCCCAAUCGAAAGGUGAGAACGGUUUUUAAAUAUAUCAGUAGCCGUGUCCAUCUGUGAGGUGGAGUUUGGCGAAACGCUAAAAACAAUUUCAGAAAUCCGGUCUUUAACGUGGGGAAGUUUAUGAAUUGCAGCUUCGACAUGCGUCACUAACAUGAAGUAACAACAAUGUGCUAGAAAGGCACACAGAUGUAAUUUUUAAGUAUGACGUGACUGAAUGUAUGAGUGUUGAGUGUGUAUUCAUAUCUCCAUGGACAUGCGUGCGUGUGUGUGUGUGUGUGUGAGGCAGUGCUGAAAGAAAUGAAGGACAUCCUGAUGACUUGGACAGCUGCAAGUGGAGGAGGCUUAUUGAGACUUAUCAUUAUUGAUGUUUCUUUUUUUUUUGCGCGUGUAUGUAUGAAGAAUUACCUCCACAGCUUGACCAGUUCUCUCUCCAGUGGACAAACACUGGUCAAGCAUGUGCCCCUCCCCCCCCCACACUCCCUGUUUACCUAUUAAUGGACAUCCAUCUGACUGCCAGGGCAUUUCCCAAGUUGUUGUCCAGCUAACACUAACCUACUUUAUCCGUGUGGUUUUGGGGGUCCAUCUCCUUCUCUUUGGUGUCAGAUAGGGUGGAUACAUAAGGACUAGUCUGGAAUACUGUCAUAGCUUGUAUGGCUGUUGGGUGUCUCAUACUUUCCUCUCCCUCAUUCUUGACUCUGAAGAGAUCACAGAAUGGCCAGCUUCCACUUUAUUUCCUAGCUGUGCUGUAGCUUUAGCCUUCACCUGUCCACAGAACAGCAGCGGCAACUUAAAGGGCGUUAUUUUGAUUUCCCCGUAUUGCUUUUUUCCCCAUCCAGUCCUACAUAUUUGUGAUGAAGAAUGACGGUGUGGUUGAAAUGGAAACAGAGGAAUAUCUCUGUUUAUGUCGAAAUUUCUUUGGCACUAAUAUAAUAGCUAUAGAAGUGCAGGUUUACUUAGUCAUUUUCAUGUCACGUUAGAUGGGUUGGCUCUAAACAGAAGGCUGUAGCCCUUCAGUAUUUAACUGAUGUGACGUUUUUAAAGGUUGGGCAGACUGCACUGACUUGGUAACAGCAGGAUUAAGUCAGAUUUAAAGGAAUAGUUCCACAUUUUGGGAAAUGAUUUGCCAUCUUGCUGGGGAGUUGGAUGAGACUAUUUGUACCACUCUCAUGCAGAGACUCUAGGAAGCGAAGAAAUAGUUUGGCACAUAACCUCCCUUAAAGCCACAUCAUGUUUUUACACUUCAGUUUUUGUAUGGAAACAAGAUACAGCAUGUUUAUUUGUGAAUUCUAGAGGUGCUGGUAGCUGGAUUUUGUUACCUUUGUAAAGAGCCAGGCUAGCUGUUUUUCCCCCGUUUCCAGUCUUUAUGCUAAGCUAAGCUAACCAGCUGCUGACUUGCAGCUUCAUAUUCAGCAUACAGACAUGAGAGUGGUAUCAUUCUUCUCAUCUAACCCUCGGCAAGAAAAGCAAAUAAGCGUAUUUCCUAAAUGGCGAACCAUUAAGUCUGAAGUGCAGCAGUUGAGGUUUGUGAAUAAUGUGUAGUCUGUUCUGGUGACCGUACGCUUUUUGGUGAUUGAUGUUCUGGCUGUAUUUGGAGGCUCUUAAGGUUUAAGGAGACAAAGUAGCUGCUGAGUUCACCAAACUAAUGAGGAUCCUGUCCGUUUUUACUCAGAAUAAUCUUUUUUUGCCUCACCAGAAUCUCUUUAUGUGUAACGCUGAUUAACUUGUAGUCUUACAGCACACAGGUUGUUUUCCAAGUCCUGCUCCAGUAGCUCUCAUCAUCACCACCAGAGUUAGUCAGCCUCCCGUUCAUAUGCACAUUUUUGUUUCUAACGUUUUUUGCCUUGAUGUAAUUAAUCCAUACGUGUUUUGUCGUCGUGUGGGGCCAUGGAUUGUUUGUUUCAGAACCGUGCGCGUUGACGCAGUGACUAACAAUGUGAUUCAGAUCAGGUGCCAGCCAGGACGGGGACAUCAUGCCUACUACAGCUCUGUUUAACCUCUGUGGCCCUAAAAAUGUACAGGAGCUCUCUUAUGGGUGGCAGCACGCUUCAUGUCUGACACAAGCCAUAUUUGAGCCUCUCACUGUUGGUGUGGUGCAGGUUCCACCACACACACCUUUGCACAUCAUCACACACACACACACACACACACACGCGUACAUUCAAACACAAACACAUGCACACAUAAUACAUGUACUGUAGUAUGCAGUAUAUUUACACAUUUAUAUAUAUCAGAUCAAGCAUGACAAAAAGCAGGUCUUAAGUUCAGCACUAUUGUACAAAGCAUCCAAAGUGUAAUAAGGGUAUAAGAUGUAAGUUUGUGUGUCUUCAUUAUUAUUGACUGUCUUCUACAGGCCAGCAUUAAGGAUACUAACAUCACAUUUGAAUAACUAGUAAUAGGCGCUGUGUGUAGACCUGAAAAAGAAGUACAAGAACUGGUCUUGUGGUCGCAGGCUAGCACCAUAUUUUCAGAUCUACACAAGGCGUCUGCUGCAUAGGAGACCCGUCAGUUUCAGUGGUAGUAGCUGCGUUUUUUUUUUAAGGGAACAUGUACUGAACUAGCACUGAUCUGAUUACUCCAUUGUGGGAGUACAAGUGGGUCUUAGUGAACGCCACUCGCUUCCCGUCAUCACUUCGAACAGGGAAUCUUUCCAUUCUCAUCCUGUGCUUUGUGUCUCUGAUAUUUAAAUAAUGGAAAUCUGUUACCACCUUUGGACCAGGGAUCUGAGCGGUCAGAAGAAUCAGAGAGAGUUAUCGCCUCUCUCUGAACGUAGAAGUAGGCCUCAGUUUUUUCCUGGACAUGUUAUCAGGGAAACCACUGGAUCCACCUUUCAUUCAUGGGGUUCAAGAAACGGGGUGGAGACUUGCCGUUUUAUUGAUGCACCACUAAUGGUUGACGUAUAUUGUAUCCUCUGGCCCUGAAUGUGUAUUGAUGGGGGAUGGGGGUUGGGGGGGGGGGGGGUUGAACAGUGAAAACUGUAUGCAUGUCUAUUGUGUUUUGCAGAGCAAGUGACGGGGUGGGACGUUAUCUCUAUUAUGUAUUCUAUGUGAGGGUAAAGCUGAACUCAUGGCAUCGGAACAUUGAAGCGCUUUUUAAAAAAAAACGGGACGUUUUAUUUUAUUUUUUUUAUUUUUUAUUGCUGAUACUAACUGAUGUAUUGUUAUGAGUUUUGUGCUAGAGUUUGAGCGGGGCAGUGUUAGGUGGGUGGGGUGGGGUGGGGGGGGGGCUAGACUAUAUUAAUGGGCUGUUUAUAUGGUUACUGUACUUACCUAUUCUAUUCUUUGUAUUAUGAUUUGUAAUUUUAUGUUGCUUUUUUGAACUGAGAAUAUGAUGUAAUGAAAUUAAUUCAUGGGACUGAAUCUUGACCUUUUUAUGGACAACAAAAUAAUAAAAAAAAAGAUCACUUAUGUACAAAAA